AUGCUGCUCUCGACGGUGACCAGCUGGCUUGCUCCCUUCCUCGCUGCCCCUCUCCAUAACUAUCUCUCGCCCCCCGCACCCGCACCUACACGAGCCUCGCGGCCGCUGCGCUUCGAGCUGCGACACCUCCACGCCAUCUCACCCGACGCGCGCGUCGUCUUCCGUGACGUCCGCCAGGCCGACGUCCGCGCGCUCGGUGUCGCAGACGAGUACGCUCUGCGUCCGCGCAAGGUGAAGACGCACCGGCCACGCUCUGCCGCGGCGUUCGAGCGGGCGCGGGCGCGUUCGGCGCGCCUCCGCGAGAGCGAGGCCGUCGAGUGGGACGAGGACGAGGUGGAGGGCCCGGACGUGGCGGACCGGGAGACGAUGCUGCUGCUCGCGAAGAUGACGAACAACGCGUACCUCGCGCCGGACGAGCAGGGGUGGUACGACCUGGGGAGCGAGUGGAACGUGAGCUAUCCGUUCGGAUGGGAGCCGGGCGACGACGGCUUCCGUGGGCACGUCUUCGCCACCCCGGACAACUCCACCAUCGUGCUCUCCAUCAAGGGCACGUCUGCGGCCGUCAUCGGUGGCGGCGGCCCGACGUCGAAGAAGGACAAGCUGAACGACAACCUGCUCUUCAGCUGCUGCUGCGCGCGCGUAGACUGGACGUGGACGACCGUGUGCGGGUGCUAUCGGGGCGGGUGGAAGUGCGACCAGACCUGCUUGGAGGGCGCGUUGAUCGAGGACAGCUUGUUUUAUCCUAUUGGCACUAAUUUGUACAACAAUCUCACAUACCUAUAUCCCGACUCCACCAUCUGGAUGACGGGACAUUCGUUAGGCGGAGCCCUGGCCUCGUUACUUGGAGUGACGUUCGGCGCGCCCACGGUAUCCUUUGAAUCCCCGGGAGAGAAGAUGGCAGCCAGCCGGUUGCAUCUCCCUUCACCGCCUUCCACCCAGCACAUAACGCACCUCUACCACACGGCGGACCCCAUCGCGAUGGGCACGUGCAACGGCGUCCUUUCGUCAUGUGCGCUUGGCGGGUACGCGAUGGAGAGCAAGUGUCACCUCGGAAAGUCCAUCAUCUACGAUACCGUCUCGAAUCUCUCCUGGGCCGUCGAUGUCCGGACACACACCAUCGUCAACGUUAUAGAGAAACUGCUGGCAGGCCCGUGGCCCCCAGCUGUCGACAAAGGGCGCGAGGUGCCGGAGGCGUUACCAGAGGACGACUGCGUGGAAUGCUACAGCUGGGACUAUGGAGACUAUGUCCAGUAG